AUGUACCGUGUCGAAUGGAAGCCCGAUGUCAAUCUUCUUGGCCCUCAAACUGGGUUGUUUGCUGCCCAGCCAUUGCAGCUAUCCCAAAGUGAGUCAGAAAUGAUCAAGCUCACUGAAUAUGCCUGCUUCCUUGCCAUGUCCGAAGUUUUACACGCAGUCGAUAGUGGCGUGUCAGUCCAUUCCCAGAGCCUUAAACAUCUACAGAAGUACCUGGCAUGGAUGCGACAUCAGACCGGGCUCAUAAGAGCGUCCAUUGAGUGGAAAGAUUGGGUCUCUACACAACCAGCAGGUAGUGGGUUCCAGGAGCAGCUGUGGCAGAGAGUAUCAUCAUUCGGACCCGAGGGGAGGCCGAUUGUGAAAUUAUGUCGGCAACUAUUGCCCAUCAUUACAGGGGAUGUUGAUGCGCUGCAGAUUCUCUUUGCCGACGAAACGUUGGCAGACUACUACCGUCAGGAAAACCCACCUCCUGAAGUCGUGAAAGGAGUCCAGCAGUAUGUUGACUGCAUGGCGCAUGCCAAUCCCAACAUGCGAGUGCUGGAAAUCGGGGCAGGUACAGGCGGUAUGACACAGUAUAUCCUGGAUAUCAUUGGCGGCCAUAAUGGCAGUGCUGCGGAGCGUUUUGCACAGUAUGUGUUCACAGACAUAUCUCCCGCCUUCUUUAAGGACGCCAGAGAGAAAUUUGGUAGAGGGGAAAGGAUCAUGAUGAAGACCCUCGUUAUUGAGAAGAUACCUGUAGAUCAAGGCUUUGAAAAGGAGGCCUUUAACCUCGUCAUUGCCAGCAAUGUAAGUUCGCACUCUGCAUGA